AUGGUGCCAUCGAGAAAACCGCCGCCGAUACCACCACGAACGUUUGAUAAGCAUGAUUUGAAAAACACCACGUUUACAUCGACAGAAACUCCUCAAAUACCACCGCCAGUGCCGCCGCGGAAACCAGCACAGAAUCGAACUACGCUAGAUUCAGAAGAAAUGGUGUUAAGACCGAUAAUGCCAAAAGCACAUUGGGUGCCAACUCUGCCACUACCGAUGUUAGAAUCGCAAUCGACACGAAAUGCAGAUCCGCAAUUGAAAGCAAAGUGCGAUAAGCAAUGCCCAGGACAACAACCGCAGUGCAUGAUAGUAUGUUUGAACGGUGGCAUACGAGUAGUUUUGCGAAGAACACCAGAAAAUAUUAUAUUUAAUUGA